UGAGCCCGCCCACCGCUGGAGAAGACAAACUGGAACGGAUGAACACGAGCAAUAUUAACACAGGAGAAUCGCGCGUCUUUGUAGGAUGUUAUAAUCUAGACUCUAAAUAUUGAUAUGCUGGAUCAUAAACAUAGACGUUGUGACAUGACCGUAUUUGGAUAUUGAGGUUAAUAGUUAUCUAUCUAUCUAAAUAUAUGAGUUGGCUGAGCAGACUAGCGCGCUGAUUUAGUGUUGUUUGUGUUUUUAAUGCGGUCUCCUAACCCAGACUAAGCAAUGUGUGUCGCUUUGAAACCCAGUCAGGCGUGAAUGGGAAUCCUGGGAAGAGGGAUGGCAUGGUGGUGGAGGAUAGUGCUGAUUGCUGUGCUGUGGGAGUUCCAGAGCGUUGUGUGUCGUGAGGUGACUGUUCCUCCAGGUCCACUGUACCGUGUAGCAGGGUUCCCCCUGUCUCUGCCCUGCACUGUUUCAGGGUUUGAAGGUUCAAGAACACAGGACUUUGAAUGGUUCUUGCACCAUGAGGAUGCAGAGGGAAGGCAGAUUGGAGUGGUGUCCACUAGAGAUAGAGGCUUUCCCUACGCCCUUUUCCAGGAGCGAGUGAAAUCAGGCGAGGUUCGGGUGGAGAGGGACUCAGGCAACAAAGCCAGAUUGGUGAUUCAGAGACUUCGGCCAGAAGAUCAGGGACGUUAUGAGUGUUACACACCAAGCACUGACUCACGAUACCAAGGCAGCUACAGUUCGUCUGUGGUCGUUAAAGUGAUUCCAGACACGUUGCUGAUAACCCACUCUCGCAUUCUGAGCGGCCAGCCUGUCAUAGAAGGGACAGAGCUUCAGCUGGCGUGCGCUGCUUCCAUCCAGUCAAUGCAGCACACACAUGUGUCUGUCACGUUCGGGAUGCGAGGCAGCACAGGCUCUGGCUCUUUGGGCCACAAUCUGAAGGAAAUUAUCUCAAUCGACCGUGAGCUACGUGUAACCCCUGGCCGGGGAGGUUCUUAUGAGAAGAGGUACAAUAAUGGUGAGAUAUCUCUGGAGAAGAGGAGUGGAGAUGAAGGAAGGGACCUUUACAUUCUGAAGAUAAGCAUGCUGGCCUUGGAGGAUUCUGGUUCGUAUUUCUGCGAGGCAGCACAGUGGGUCUUGGACCCAUCAGGCCAAUGGGAACGCAUCGCCCAGAGGACCAUGGAACUGGGAAACCUCUCCGUGCAACCACUUGCGGACACUCUGUCUGUGAGCACGGUGCCUGUGGGUGAGGUGGCACUGCAACCUGGGUCCCCUCUAAGCCUCACGUGUCUGGUGUCGGGUGCGGGUUCAUGGAAUCGCUCGGCUCUGCUGGUGCAGUGGUUGCGGCGUGGGCCAGCAGGAGGAGUGGAAGUGGAGGUGGCCCGCAUGAGCCCCAACGGUGUGGUGAGCUGGGGCGAUGACAUCAGCAGUGAAGGAGGGGGCAGCAUGGAGAAGGGGGCAGAGGGGAGAUUUUCUCUGCGACGCUUCUCUACCCAUCCAGCCGAUGCUGGACAAUACCGCUGCGCUGUGAGUGUGUAUGCUGGUCAGCUCAGUCCAGCACCAUCCAGCCCUGCUACACUUACUCAGAGGUCUGAGGGCGUAAUGGUCAGCCUCAAGACUAAAGAGGUGAGCGUACUGGCAGUCGUCGAGUUACCACGUUGGCCACUCCUGAAACGUGGGAGCACCGUCACCUUGCUCUGUAAUGUCUCUGUGGUGACCAAAGGCCCCACUCAGGUGGAAGUGCAGUGGUGGCAGAAGAAACGGGAGCUGGAUGGGAAAGAAGACAUGCCCCCAUUGCAUGCCAAAGGCGGUAUCCUCGCGAAACUGACCUAUGAUGGAAUGUCUCAUAUCUACAGUAAUGGAAGUGAAUUGAGCGUUGACCGUAUUUCUGCUGGAACCUACAGACUACGUAUCUUUUCAGCACAUGAGGAUGACCAAGGAGAUUACCAAUGUCAGGCAGAAGUAUGGACCCAGGACCCCCAUGGAGGCUGGUACAAUACAGGUGCCAGGGCAGAGUCAGCCAUGGUACACGUAUAUUUAUAUGCACGAGUUACUGACCUUCUCCUUAUACCACUGGUGGUUGGUGUCUCCUCUGCCCUGUUUGUGGGAGUGGUCAUCAUUGCCAUGGUAACAUGCUGCUUCAUGAAGCGACUUGCCAGGCAGCGCUCCCAGCUAAGGAAGUAGGAAACUGUCUGGCUUCCCUACAGCAAUUACUGGCAGGCCAAUAAAGAAACUGUAAGGAUUAAAAAUAUAAAUAUAAGUAAGAGUGUACUUGAUGGAGGAAUUAAGUAUACUGACUUCUGCUGGCAUGUUUGUGAGAGACAGCUCUGAUUGUUGGGUUGAAUUAUUAAUUCAAAGUGUGCCAACAAGUACAUUAUUUUCUUUUAAGUCACAGUUAGCCUAAUUGUGUUGGGUAUAACCUUUAAACUGUCAUAUCUGCAGCAUCCAAUACUUGUCAGCUGCUUAAAGCAGCUUUUUGUGUUUGUUUCAAAGGAUGGACCAUUUUUUUGUGCAUUUUUUUUUUUUUUAUAUAAAUGUAAUGUAAUGUUUAACAAAACCUGGUUUUAGUACAAGAAGCUAUAUAUAGUGUUCCUAUAUAGCAUGCCAUAAAUGUUUUACCAUUCUUUUUAUGGUAUUUAUGAAACAAACUAAGCAAAAUGUUGCACUGACCUCCAUAGAGUUAAAGACUAGCCAUCCCUGGUACUUAAACACUCAUAGCCCACACACAGUUCAUGCACUCUGUACUGUAAUUAAGCAAACCCUUGAUGAUAGGAAUUAGUUUACAGUGGGUGGAAUAAGCUAAACACUGUGUGUAGCAUCCCAGCAAUUUAGAAAUCAACUUGGAGCCACUGAAUGAAUAGAACCAUGCCACUACAGUAGUAGUUAGUCAUAUACUGAAUUAAACUAGCAGUGAUACUACACACUGUAAAAUAAAUUCAAUUACCAGAAAGAAACUUGACCACUUUAUAAAAAGUGAACUUAAAUGCUGUUGCAAAAACUGAGCAUCCGGGUCAAAUCAGACAAACCUGUGUAGACUUCUCAGCCAAAUCAGCAGGACCAAAGUGGGUCAGGGACCAAAGCGAUCGUUAACAUUUUUUUCUUAAAAGCUGUAUUUUGAACAUUUUAUAUUUUGCAUGAUUUCUGUUUAACUGGGUUUCUUGUGUUGCACUGCUAUUGAGUUGGUACUGUGAAAUAGAUUUCUUUUUAAAAAUACAUUUAUGCUUUGUGUUGUAUGAAUAAGGAAGAUCAUUGUGCACUCAAGCACAAUUUCUAUUGCUAUUUUCUUUACAUCUCAUAUAGGAUUUAACCACAGUAAGUUGAAAGAAAGAGAAGAAGAAAAGGGGAUAGUGGAUUAGGUCAUGAAUACAGGAAAAAUGAUAGGCAUGUAUCUGUACCACUUCUGUCCAAUUUUGGAUAAUUGAUCUGAUUGCUGUUUUCAACUGUGAUUUAGGAGAUAAUGAAGAUCUCUGAUCUUUGUGAUUGUUAAUAUGGUUAAUACUUUUGGAACGUUACUGUCCCUGGAGGGCUAGUGGUUAGACCUCGGCCCUCUCACUGCUACAGCCCGCGUUCGAUUCCCGGCCUGGGGUUGCAUACAACAGUGUACUCCUAGUACUGGUCCCAAGCCCAGAUCAGGAAGGGAAUCUGGCAUAAAAACUGUGCCAAAUCACAUAUGCAGACCAAUGAUCUACUGUGGCAACCCUAACGAGAAGAAGAACAACAGCAACAACAUUUGGAAAGUUACUGAACACACAUUGCUAUUGCAUGUUAUAGUGCUUUGCAAUGUUCAGCUCACAAAACUGAAAGCAGAGUUACCCUCUUACCCAGCUGGACCGUGAGACCAUUUCAGUGAGAGUAAUGCAACACUAGCUGUCUAUUAAUCCUUAUGUUUACAUUGCAAAGACACUCUCCCCCCCCACUAAAUUUGUCACGUACUGUUCUGGAGUUGUACAGCUGUUCAGUAGCCAUUUUUGUUUUCCAUUCUUACACUAGUUUUUGCUGGAUGGUUCUGCAUGGUUUUGCAUGAAUAGGCUUGGAAUCUCUUAGCAAACCCAUGCAAAUGUCAGGCCUCAGAAGUAAUGUACCUAAAAUCACAUAGGCACAAGUGAAUUUACUAUGUACCGUCUUUUCUUGUGUUUUUUAUGUGAAUUAUAAUGAUGAUUAGACUGCCUAUUUUUUUGUUUUUAAAGCUAAUUUCUGUGAUUUUGUAAUUUAAUUAGAUGUCCAUUUUCCACUGCAUUUUGCAAGUGUUGACAGUGAACUGUGAUUAUUUUCAUUGUCAGUGUCUGCUUGUACUGUGUAAUUGUGGUUUAGGGACAUGAAUAAGUAAUAAAAUCAAGAUAAUAAAAGA